AUGUCGUCGGCCGGAAAACACAGUUUCACAAAAUCCACAGUCAUUUUCUCUUUUGUAUGCCUUCUCGCCUUCGCUACGACGCUCCAUUUCCACUGGGCAUCACUUUCUUCCGUCUACUUUUCAUCCAUCGCACCCACGCAUAAAAACCACGUCGUUUUGGUCCCCAGAUCUGCCAAUGUAAACCAACCACAGCCUGCAGAUAAUGAGCAAGUGCACAAGAAUGUGAACCAUGUGCCCGAACGGGUAUUAUCAGCUACGUUUGCCGAUAUACCCGCACCAGAAUUGAAGUGGGAGCAAAUGCCUACUGCGCCAGUGCCACGUUUGGAUGGUUCAGCGGUCCAGAUCAAGAAUCUUCUAUAUGUUUUCUCGGGAUAUGGAACCCUCGACUAUGUACACUCACAUGUUGAUAUCUACAACUUCACCGAUAACACGUGGAGCGGGAGAUUCGACACUCCGAGAGAAAUGGCGAAUUCCCAUCUGGGAGUGGCAUGUGAUGGGCGAUAUGUGUACAUAGUGUCGGGUCAGUAUGGGCCCCAGUGCAGGGCUCCCACGACUCGUUCGUUCGUUCUGGAUACCAAGACCAGAAAGUGGAAGGACUUCCUACCAUUACCUAGUCCAAGGUAUGCUGCAGCAACUCAAAUCUGGAAGGGAAGAUUGCACGUAAUGGGUGGGAGCAAAGAGAAUCGGCACACGCCUGGCACGGAUCAUUGGAGCAUUGCGGUGAAGAAUGGGAAAGCACUCGAAAAUCAAUGGCGGACAGAAACCCCUAUACCCCGAGGGGGCCCUCACAGGGCUUGUGUUGCUGUUGGUGACAGGCUUUUUGUAAUUGGGGGUCAAGAGGGUGAUUUCAUGGCCAAACCGGGCUCGCCCAUCUUCAAAUGCUCAAGGAGGCACGAGGUGGUUUAUGGGGAUGUUUAUAUGCUCGAUUUGGAGAAUAAGUGGAAAGUAUUGGCCCCCAUGCCCAAACCAAACUCUCACAUAGAAUCCUCUUGGAUAAUACAUAACAACUCCAUCAUCAUUAUGGGAGGCACCACUGAGAAAAACCCAGUCACCAAAAGGAUGAUGUUGGUUGGGGAGGUCUUCCAGUUACAUUUGAGCACACUGCAAUGGUCCGUGAUUGGGAGGCUCCCAUAUCGAAUCAAAACCACUUUAGCUGGAUUCUGGGAUGGCUAUAUAUAUUUCACAUCUGGACAACGAGACAGAGGUCCUGACAAUCCACAGCCAAGGAAAGUCGUUGGAGAAAUGUGGAGAACCAAGCUGAGUUCAGUCAUAUGA